AUCCCCGCCCAUUCUGGGCAGGUGCCCAGGUCGCCCCGGGGCCCGGAACGUUGGUGCCGCGGCGCGCGGGUCUGGGGGGGAGGAGGGCUAGGGAUGCACAACGCGGAAGUGAGCCGGGCCGCAGUCAGAUCCGGGGAGGAAGGAUGGAUGAAGUCGGGGGCUGCCGCCGGGAGUCGGGGCUCGUCCCCGCUCCUUGGUCCCUGUGAACGGCGGGAAGGAGCCGCCGGGGACUCGCGCUGUAUCUGCCCCGGGGUGUCUGGGCUGAGCUAGGGCGGGACCCCAGGCCUAGGAGAGCCACCCCCCCCCGGGGGGGGCGCCUUGGGACAGCGGGGGAGGCUCCGGGGCUCCCUGCGAGGGGGUGAGGGAUGCUCAGGGCACAAGCCUGAGCUGGGAGUCCUUAGGUAGAGAAGCCACUGGGGGGCUCGGGGUGUCCCGUGCAGGCCGAAGGGGAGUCCAGGAAUCCGGGGACCCCUGGCAGUGCGGGGGGGAGCUGAAGACUCGGGGCUGGGGCCCCUGGGAGUGCAGGGAGGGCCCUUGAAGGCUCGGGGCUGGGACCCCUGGGGGUGCUGAGGGGUCCCGUGACAGCUCUGCGGGGAGUCCAGGGGGGCCCUAGAAGUAGAGCCAUGGCCACCCGGCGUUUAACAGACGCGUUCUUGUUGUUGCGGAACAACGCGAUCCAAAACCGGCAGCUGCUGGCCGAGCAACUUGCUGAUGAUCGCAUGGCACUAGUAUCAGGGAUCAGUUUAGAUCCCGAAGCAGCAGUUUGUGUAACAAAGCGGCUACCCCCCAAAUGGGUUGAUGGAGUGGGAGAAGUUCAGGAUGAUAUCAGCAGGAUUAAACAGAAGAUGAAAGAAUUAGCCAGUCUUCACGACAAAUAUUUAAACAGACCUACUUUGGAUGAUAGCAGCGAAGAAGAACAUGCAAUAGAAAUUACUACCCAAGAGAUCACACAGCUAUUUCACAGAUGCCAGAGAGCAGUCCAGGCCUUGCAGAGCAGGUCACGUAAUUGUACAGAACAAGAAGAACGUGUUCUCAGAAACAUAGUGUCUUCCUUAGCACAGUCCCUUCAGGACCUAUCCACCAACUUUAGGCAUGCACAGUCUGACUAUCUCAAACGAAUGAAAAAUCGAGAAGAAAGAGCCAAGCAUUUCUUUGAUACGUCAGUCCCGCUUAUGGAUGAUGGAGAGGACAGUACUCUUUAUGAUCGGGGUUUUACAGAUGACCAGUUAGUAUUGGUGGAACAAAACACAUUAAUGGUGGAAGAGCGGGAAAGAGAAAUCCGCCAGAUUGUACAAUCAAUCUCUGAUCUCAAUGAAAUAUUUAGGGACCUUGGAGCAAUGAUAGUGGAACAGGGUACAGUUCUGGACAGAAUUGACUACAAUGUUGAGCAGUCGUGUGUAAAAACUGAAGAGGGAUUGAAACAAUUACAUAAGGCUGAACAAUAUCAGAAGAAGAAUCGGAAGAUGUUUGUCAUUUUAAUUUUAUUUGUAAUAGUAAUUGUACUUAUUGUUGUUCUUGUUGGUGUAAAGUCACACUAGGUAACAGCUCUAUGAUUUUCUUAUUUUUGUGUGUAUGUAAUUAUUUUUCCUAAUCUGAAUGGAUGGACCUGCACUCCUGAAAGUUGCCUUUGAAUGUAUAAGCCCUAGUGGUACAAAGUCUGUGCAAUGUUUCAGUAGAACUCUUUUCAUAAUACAUGCUUCGGUGAUACCAGAGGUGUUCGUAAAACUUGUACAGAAAAUGCCAGGUCACUUGAUAAUGCUACCAAAUUGGUCAUCCAGUUCUUUAUCCAAACAUAUUUGGAAUACUGUGCAGUAUUUUAAAAAAAUUAUGGAAAAUAAGAGUAGAAGUUUACAAGAAAGUACAAUAAUUAGUAUUUCACUGUGUGCAAAAAAGUGUACUGUUCUUUGUAGUCUUAUGUUGCAAUUUUGUAAACUAUAAAGGUUUUUAUGGGACUAUGAUUUGGAGGUUAAAUGCCUUAAAAGAUGCACAAAAUUCUAACUGUUUGAUUUCACCUACUUUUCUCCAAACUUUAAAAAAAUAUAUUUGGAUUGACUAUUAAAAAAGAAACCUCUUAAAACAGAGCAUAAUUAAACCCCUGUGAUCUUAAUUUAGAUUUUGCAUCGUUAGUAAUUAUCAAGAUAGUACUUAAAAGUGUAAAUAACAAGACUUAAUCACUGGUAUAAUUUAACACAGUUAAUUUAUAGUUAAUUAAAAUAGCUUCCUAAGCCUAAGUAAUCAUAGGGAUAAUUUUUCCUCAUCAAAAAGAUCAUGCAUGAUAUUUACUAUUGCAAAUUUCUUGGUUAUAUAUUAAGUACAGCCAGCUACAUUAAAAUAGUUUUAAUGGUUUGAGCUAAACGUGCAAUAGAAAGAAAAUUCUCCAUUUAGCCACCUGUAUCCUUCAUCUAUUUCCCUCCAUCAGGUGUCCCACAACAGUGGAUGGUAGGCUGUCUUCACGUACAAGUGGUCCCAAACAUUUACAGUGCAUCUAUCCAUACACUCAACCUAAAUAAGUAUUUCAGUAUGGGUACAAUAUGUAGUGCAGUCAUUGCCCCAGGCCAGACUUUGUAAGGGGACAAGUUUAAGAUGCAGUGUUGACCAUGAUUAAAAUGAUGUACUGGUAUGAGCAUUCAUCAGACCUCUGGUGCAGGAUUUCUGGCUUGCUGUGAUUCUGCAGCAGUACAAUUUGCUGUAGGUCAGGGGAGAGAGAGAAGAGAAAUCUUGAGCAGUGGGAUAUUAAUGGUUUAAUAUGGUCCAAAGUGUUGCACAAUUUUAGGGGCAUUGCUUUAAUAUUUUUAACAAGGCUUUUCUGUAUUGAAUAUUUGGUUUCUCUAAGAGGGUAUAGCUUGUACUAAAGGCACUUUCUGUUCCGAUUUGUGCUUGCAGUGAUGUUGUGCCCAAAGCCACUGAAGCUCAGGUACACAAUAUAAUGAUUCUAAAAUUGGACAAGCUCUUCAGUCAUUAAGGUGUUUAGGGUAUCUGUUUACUUGCUGGGAUACUUCAGUGUCAGUUCCAAAUCUCUAGGUGUUAUGUAUGGCAAAUUAAACCAGACCGAUUUACUCUGAUGGAAAGAGAUCCACUCAUGAAGUGGAUAUUCUCGCCUCCCCUCUCCUGCCAACCCCUUUCUCCUCUGCCUUCCCCCAUGCCACUGAAGAAUUGGUAUUAGUAGCCGCAAGGCAGAGGAGACACAUGGAUGUCCUUCAUAAUGGAUAAUGGGUGUUUUCUCUAUUAAAAAUGGAGAAGAUAUUGCAGGCUAAAGAGAGAAAUCCCUAGCAUGUGCUUAAGUUGCUGCCUUUUGCAAGAUGAGUGUGCCAGGGAACUUCCUUGGAACUGGAUUAAUUUUCACUUUUUAUUAAUAGUCUCCCUUGGUUGGGAGAAGCAUUUGUCCUUUAUGAAUCAUGCAGAUGAUAGGAGACUAAUGGGGAGGAGGUUCAUUAGAGUAUUGUGACUGACUUUAUGAGGGCAGAACCCUACCUAAUACACAGUAUCUUAUGAAAUGGGAUAGAAUUCCGAGCAAAUAGUUUGCCUGCAUGCAGCACCAUGACCCACAGGGUUACACACUACAGACAUUUUCAGGAUAACUGCGGACUAAUGGAGUUCUUGCUGAUUAAAGUGAGAGCUCAUACUUGGAAAAUGCUUAUUUGAUAUGGGGAAUAGGGCAAAAUAAAUUUACUGAGGGGCUGGAUGGUUCUUUGGAUCGGUGAUGGAAUAUGUGGAGCCAUUCACCUGUAGGUUACUGGUUGAAAUCCGUUCCAAGUUUGGUAACAACCUUUAGUUACCUCCACCUGAUGGAUAAUUCAUCGCCUAUGUGGAAUAAGAUGAUAGUUUCAGGCCCAUUUCACAAACUGGCACUAAUUGGCACACUUUGCAAAUCUUAACUGAUAGGCCAAUGAGACUGGACUAUCCUCUGGCCUUGAAAUGUGGGACAGUGUGGGAAUCCAUGCACUGCUUCUACUCCCACUAUUUGUUUUCUGGGUAAAAAUGAGUUUGGUCUCCAGAAACUGCCAAUCUAGACUUUUCACCAGCACUAAAUUCACACACACAAUUUGUAAAAGGUAGAAUAAAAUUCUUUAUUUUUGUAGCUGGUGUGCAGCUCCCCAGUGUUGGCAUUGAUCUUUUUGAUGAUAGUGCCUACAACUACUGUCUCCUAAGUGUGAUACUGCUACCUGAAUCACUUGGUGCGAAGCAGUAAACACUGCUUUAAUUUAAUUUACUGUAUUGCAACUUUCACUCAAAGAUGUUAUUUAUUUCUGCCUUGACCAGUGCUUUUGUUGUUUUAUUCUAGCUGAUUAAUUUAGACAUAAUAAAACAACAACAUUUCCAAAUUAACUGGUUAAUUGUUAUUCAUUUUUCUUACAUAUUUAUACUAAAAUAAAAUAGUUAAGCACUUACUUUGUUGUUUCUUAAACAAAAAUAAUUUUGUGUUUGUAGUCUGUCAAAUUUAAUGGAAGCAGUAAUGACAUAGAAGAUCCUGGAAAAUUAGUGCUCUUUUUAACUAAUGUUAAAUCUCAUGUAGCAUAAACACUUUACUAUACGUAGCCAAAAUUAGGAAAGGAACAGCAUUCAUCUAUAAGUAUUGCUGAAAUGGAAGUAAUGGCCUAAUCAUGCUAAAAUGAUAGAAAAUAUUUAACAAAUGUGAACAUUUUAAAUAGAGGUGCACAUUUUAUACACAGUGCAAAUGACAUGUUUAAGCUCAGAUACACUGUCAAGCAUAAUUUAUGAUGAGCUAGAAAUUGUUGAAGCUGAUGUAUAGUGAUACUGUGUUUAUCUGAGAGAGUGGAUCUUUGAUAGGAUUUUAUUUCCUAUAUCAUUCCAAAUGUCUGAAUUUCAUUAUAAUCCCUCCUAGAUACUUAUUCAGGGCCAAAGCAUAGUCGUUUAUGCAAGGCUGGAAUAAUCUGUCUUUAAUCUCCUGGAGGUUAAAAACGGAUGGUAUUACCCUUCUAACCUAGGCUGUGGAGCAGCUGUACAGCCACAACAGCCCGUGAGCUGUAUCAGAAGUUGUUACACCUACACAGAGGAUUUGGGCCAUUGGAUCAGCAUAAUCUCAUCAACCUAUUGGCCAUGCCUCUAACCUCCCUUGCAUGCUGUGGAGAAAGCCAAUGCAAUGUAUUCUAUGGCAGGUGGGGUGUCCACCUCUUCCUGGUCUCCAGACACCUCCCUAUCUGUAGUGGAGCCCCAGGAUAUGUUCAGAAUCUGCUGUGGGCACAAAGGGCAGAGUGGGAGAACGUGUUAGGAUUCAGUCCUUGAUGUGGAAAGCUAUUUAGCUGAGAAGGCAGACACCUGCAAGAGCCAGCAGAAUAAACAUUGCAAGAAUGUGUUCUCCAAGAAUGCAAGGCUCUCUUUACCUGUCCUGAAUACAUCCCUGGCCUACAGGUCUCCUUGGCCAGCCUAUUGACUUGUAUUAAAAUUCUCCACUUAAACACAAACAAGCUUACAAAAAUGACCAAAUCUACAUUUAAGUGUAAAUCAAACUUAUUAGAAUCAAACUUCAUUAAAUGUUUGAAAACUGCAAAGUCUUGUAAGCUACUGUCAAUAGAAUAUUAGGUGCCACUUUGACCCCUCUCUAAAAACUGAAAAUGUGUACUGGUUCUCCUUAAAACACACAAUGUAAGCAUUAACACCACUUCUAGGCCUCAGGGCCUAAUUGGCAGUGGAAUGAUGACUAAUGGUUUAGUGUUCACUGGGGCUUUUUAAUGUAGGAUAUAACAAACUGAAGUGUUUGAUAUUUGCUGUAUGCGCUCUGUUAUGAAACUUUAAUUUUAUCUGUUUUGCUUAACUUUUACAAAUCUUCUGGCUUUCAGUACAGCCAUGCACCGUACAUAAGGAAACAAGAGGUGACAAACAGUUAGCAUUUUGAUUUUGCUAAAGAAAACAUAGUAAAAUAAUUUUAUCUACCAAAAAACCCUCUCAUGUCCUGUGUAAUCUGCAAAGAGGUAUUAAUGCAAACCGGUCCUUAGAGUAUAUCUUUGUUAGUGCAUGAGGCAUCAGAAUGAAAAGUUACACUCUAUUUGUCAAAAUAGAGCUUUAUGAGUUGGUUGAGGAAAGCUUCUGGGAUUUUGUGUAUAUUGUAAUUUAUCCACUUGUAAUUAGAAGAAAUUACAUUGUUUUGGGGGGAGAGGAAGAAAAAGCAAAUUAUCUGACAACAUAAUUUGGGUUUAACAGCCUAGUUUUUGAGCUAGACUAAAUGUAAAAUAUGUACAUUCCAAAGGGGUUUGCAAACUUGAGAUCUCUUCUGUUUAUCCCUAACGGUUUCAUUGUAAGAAAACUUUGGUAAAAGAUUGGGACAA